UGGGAUUAUGGAGUGUAUUCUGAGGAAGUUUGGUAACUAUGAGAACUUUGAGGAAGUGACGGGAGGAAGUAUUUUACCAAAGAGUCGAGUCUGGGCUGCUGCACGCAAGUACCUGCAGAAGGAGAACUGUGUAGGAGAGGUGGUGGUGUGUCUGUCUGAUGAGCUGCUGUCCCAGGCGGUGAUGAUGGUGGAGAGUUGUCGUCCCACUCUGACUAUCAACCUGUCUGGAGCACGACAACACUGGCUGGAGGGCAUGCUCAGGCAUGAGAUAGGAACCCACUACCUUAGAGGUGUGAACAACAACCUCCAGCCCUGGUCUACUUCCGCAGGCAGGAAGCAGUAUGGCCUCAAACCGGCCAAUCCCACGGAAGAAGGCCUGGCCAGCCUGCACAGUGUGUUGCUACGGAAACAGCCCUACCUGUGGCGCGCCGCUCUGCUCUACUAUACGGUGUAUCACGCCACCAGGAUGGGCUUCAGCCAGCUCUUCAGCCACAUCGCUCAGUUCGUCCAGGAUCCCGCGGUGCGCUGGGAGUACUGCCUCAGAGCCAAGAGGGGACAGACGGACACCUCGGAGCCUGGCUGUUUCAGUAAAGAUCAGGUGUACCUGGACGGAAUCCUCAGGAUUCUACGACAUCGGAGCAACAUCGACUUCAAGAUGCUGACCUCGCUAGGCAAGGUGUCGUUUGAGGACGUAGAAAGGCUACGGCACUUCGCUGUCCUGCGCCGGACCAGAAUCCCUCACUUCAUGCAGGACCAGGAGACAUACCUUCAGCAUCUGGACCACAUUGUCGCGGUCAACGAACUGAGCGACGCUCAGCUUAGAGAACUCCUUCCCUGACCGACCGGCCGGCCGACCGACCGACCGGCCGACCGACCGACCGGCCGACCGACCGACCGACCUUCAGCUGAGCGCUGUAGAUCACCUGCUGGGCGUCAACAACUGGGCGUCAACGAUUCAACAUGUAGAAUGGUCGGGAAAUGAAUAGAAAAUGGCAGAUGAUGUUCGGUGGUCAGAGGCGUUAAGAAUGGUCACCUGCUGCUAAUUACCUCUGGUCAGCGUGGUCUGUUUUCCCCUUGACUGACUGACCCCUCUGUUCUAGACUGGCCAUCCCAUCCUUGACUGACUCACUCUGGUCUAGACUGGCCAUCCCAUCCUUGACUGACUCCCUCUGGUCUAGACUGGCCAUCCAUCCUUGACUGACUCACUCUGGUCUAGACUGGCCAUCCAUCCUUGACUGACUCCCUCUGGUCUAGACUGGCCAUCCAUCCUUGACUGACUCACUCUGUUCUAGACUGGCCAUCCAUCCUUGACUGACUCCCUCUGGUCUAGACUGGCCAUCCAUCCUUGACUGACUCACUCUGGUCUAGACUGGCCAUCCAUCCUUGACUGACUCCCUCUGGUCUAGACUGGCCAUCCAUCCUUGACUGACUCCUCUGGUCUAGACUGGCCAUCCCAUCCUUGACUGACUCCCUCUGGUCUAGACUGGCCAACCAUCCUUGACUGACUCCCUCUGGUCUAGACUGGCCAUCCCAUCCUUGACUGACUCCCUCAGUUCUAGACUGGCCAUCCAUCCUUGACUGACUCCCUCUGGUCUAGACUGGCCAUCCAUCCUUGACUGACUCCCUCUGGUCUAGACUGGCCAUCCCAUCCUUGACUGACUCCCUCUGGUCUAGACUGGCCAUCCCAUCCUUGACUGACUCCCUCUGGUCUAGACUGGCCAUCCAUCCUUGACUGACUCCCUCUGGUCUAGACUGGCCAUCCCAUCCUUGACUGACCCCUCUGGUCUAGACUGGCCAUCCAUCCUUGACUGACUCCCUCUGGUCUAGACUGGCCAUCCAUCUUUGACUGACUCCCUCUGUUCUAGACUGGCCAUCCCAUCCUUGACUGACUCCCUCUGGUCUAGACUGGCCAUCCCAUCCUUGACUGACUCCCUCUGGUCUAGACUGGCCAUCCCAUCCUUGACUGACUCCCUCUGGUCUAGACUGGCCAUCCAUCCUUGACUGACUCCCUCUGGUCUAGACUGGCCAUCCAUCCUUGACUGACUCCCUCUGGUCUAGACUGGCCAUCCAUCCUUGACUGACUCCCUCUGGUCUAGACUGGCCAUCCAUCCUUGACUGACUCCCUCUGGUCUAGACUGGCCAUCCAUCCUUGACUGACUCCCUCUGGUCUAGACUGGCCAUCCAUCCUUGACUGACUCCUCUGGUCUAGACUGGCCAUCCAUCCUUGACUGACUCCCUCUGGUCUAGACUGGCCAUCCAUCCUUGACUGACUCCCUCUGGUCUAGACUGGCCAUCCCAUCCUUGACUGACUCCCUCUGGUCUAGACUGGCCAUCCAUCCUUGACUGACUCCCUCUGUUCUAGACUGGCCAUCCAUCCUUGACUGACUCCCUCUGGUCUAGACUGGCCAUCCAUCCUUGACUGACUGACUCCCUCUGGUCUAGACUGGCCAUCCCAUCCUUGACUGACUCCCUCUGGUCUAGACUGGCCAUCCCAUCCUUGACUGACUCCCUCUGUUCUAGACUGGCCAUCCAUCCUUGACUGACUCCCUCUGGUCUAGACUGGCCAUCCAUCCUUGACUGACUGACUCCCUCUGGUCUAGACUGGCCAUCCCAUCCUUGACUGACUCCCUCUGGUCUAGACUGGCCAUCCCA